AUGUAUAAGCUUACACUGGAAAUGAAAGGCAAGGAAGAAACAGAAUUUUAUGAGGUAUGGGAUAGUAUAAAAUGGCUGCUGCUGAAAUACUUGUUUUUGACAGAUCCCAUGGAAGUUAAAGCAGAUGAACAUCCUCGCCAUGGGUGCAACAUAGAAACAGUGGCAAAGUUGAAACCUUGCUUCAUAACCGAUGGGACAGGAACUGUGACUGCAGCAAAUGCCUCAGGUAUAAGUGAUGGGGCUGCUGCUGUAAUUCUUAUGAAAAAAUCAGAAGCAGUUAAACGAAAUCUCACUCCUUUGGCACGGAUCGUCUCUUUAGCUCAAGCUGCUAUUGAUCCUUCAUUGAUGGCAAUAGUACUCACCACGACAAUAAGAAAAGCUGUUAAAAAAGCUGGUUGGACAUUGGAUCAAGUGGAUCUGUAUGAAAUUAAUGAAGCUUUUGCUACUGUAGGUAUUGUAAUACAAAAAGAACUAAACCUGAACCCCGAAAAGAUUAACAUUGAAGGUGGGGCUGUUGCUCUUGGCCACCCUCUUGGAGCAUCUGGGUGUCGAAUCCUUGUUACACUUCUGCACUCACUAGAACGAACAGGUGGAAAACGAGGAGUUGCGGCUUUAUGUGUAGGAGGAGGAAUGGGCAUAGCUAUGUGUGUAGAAAGAUAAAGGAAACUUUUCUUUGAUUUUGUAUUAAUUUGUACAAAAUCUAAUGUGACUCAUCUU